CGAUACGCAAUACACACAAUACGCCAUGGAAGACUGUAGCAACGACCAGCCCCAUUCACCGGACCGAACACCUCAGGAGUGGCAGGAGGUGCCGGUGUCGGCGGCGGCAGCAGCAGAAGCAACCGCAGCCAGAACAACGAAUCGCCUCCCGACCAACGAUGACGACGACGACGACGACGACGACGAAGCCUGGAUCACCGACGUGGACGACGGCGCUCGCAAUGGGGAGCCUGCGCCACCGAGGCGUGCCAGCCCGGGAGCCGACGAACGGACGGAGAUUUCCCGCACUUCCCCCGGGAAGGACGACCGGUUCGUCGACGUGGUUGCGACCCACACCGAGACGGCGGAGGGAUACGGCUGGGAGGGCAUCCUGGACCUCCGGGAGCGGCUGCGGAACCAAGAGGACCACAUCCCUCCGGGGGGGGGGGUGGUCUCGAGCGUGCUGGAAUACGCGCUGUACCUGACCGGGGACGACGCCGCCACCCGCGGGCUCGAGGAGCCGAGGGCUUGCGCGGCGGAGGCCCUGGAGCGAUCGGUGGGCGGUUGGCGGAAGGGUUCGUUUGGCGAGCCGGAACCAAGCGGCAGGGACCCCAAACACGAGGACGAGAACGAAAACGAACACGAGAACGAUCGGUCCCCGGUGGAGGACCCCUCCGCGGAGCCAGCCACCUUCCAGCGGGAAACAAAAGGGGAAGACGAACCCGAAGCUCGCAGCUUCCACGACGAAAGCAGCAGCAGCAGCAACGACAGCAGCAACGACGGCAGCAAAGAUGGCAUCGACGACAACGACAGCAGCAACGACGACGAGGGAUACGCUUCCCCCGCGGUUUCCCCCCUCGACGUCCUGGCCAGCACCCUUUCGAGCCUCGGGCGUUGGGACUCGCUCCUCCCCGGAAACAAGGCCUCCUUUGCGGGCCUGACCGAGCUCGUCGUGGCCGGCCCCUCCCUGGAGCUGAGCGAGCGGGGGAUCGACCGGCUGGCGGGGGCCCUGGCCAGGGGGACCAGCAGGCCCGGCCUCCGCCGGCUCGUCCUGCACGCCCCGGUCCUGGACAAGGGGGCCGCAGAGGCCCUCGGGGCCUUUUUUCGGUCCCCCUGCGGAGGCUGCCUCGAGGACCUCUCGUUCUCGGCCCGGGGGGCCACCGAGGCCUGGCCGGGGGACCCGAGCCGGAGCCUCCGCGUCCCGGUCCGGGCCGUCCUGGGGCCGGCCCUCUCGGAGUGGGUCGACGCCUGGACACGGGGGGGCAGCGAAGAACAAGACCACGACGAUCACGACGACGACCACCACCGCGGACCGGGCGUUCCGCUGCGGUCGCUGAACCUCUCCCGGACGGACCUCGGAAACGAGGGCGCCUUUGCCCUCUCCCGGCUGCUCCUGGCGGGGAGCCCGGGCCUAAGGGUCCUGCAGCUGGCCAGGAACCCGGACCGGCCCUCGUGUUCCGGAGGGAGCGGUCUCCCGGGCCGGCGCUGGCGGGCCCUGGAGCGGGAGCACCCGGCCCUCUCCUUUGCCGGGACGAAGCGGCUCCUCGAGUCCCUCAUUCUCCUGGAGGACCUCGAGACGAAAAACGACCGGCCGAAUGGCCCGCACCGGAGGCGCUGCCCAAGCCUGGAGGAACUCGACCUGUCGGGGUGGGUCCUCGAGGACGACCGCCAUUCCGGAGCCAGCAACGAUCCGACGGUUCUUGGCGCCGGGGAUUGCGGCGACGGCGACGACGACGACGACGACAACACCGUGGACAACUAUUACGACGACUACGACUACAUCGAUGGAUACGGAACUGCUCUCGGUGGCGACGCCGGGGACGGCGGAGGGGACGGGUACGACGACGACGGGUACGACGAGUGCGGUUUCGAGGGCCCGGAAGGUCCCCGGGAAGCGGGCCGCAGCGGCAACCGCCGCGAGACGCACCACCCCGGAGGCAAGCGGGCCUGCAGCGUGGUGGCGUCCAUGGUCCGCGUCAACACCUCGCUCCGGCGGCUCGUCCUGGCCAGCGACGGCGGACAGCUUCCGCAGGGGCAAGAAACCAACCAAAGCGGCGAAGGAGCCUUCCGGCGGUCGCCGUCGGUGCUCUCGGUGAAAUCGACCCUGGCCGUGGCCCGGGCCCUGCGGGACCAUUCCUCCAGGGGCAAAAACAGUUGCGACGUCGAACGGGGCGUCCCCCCCCACCUCCGGAAGCGGCCCCCCGGGAGCCGACUCGAGACGCUGGUCCUGGCGACCGAUUAUUUCAGCGACGAACAGGGGAGGAGCCCCAUGGGUGGGGCUUGCUGCUCCUCGUGGGCCGUCCAGGAACGCAAGCGGGCGGUGGGAAGGGUCUUCUGCGAGGCACUGACGCAGAAUCCCAUCUACCGGGUCCGCCUGCAGGAACUCUCCUGCACCCUCGGCUUCAAGAACCUCGAACCGGUGGGAAGAAGGAUCGGCGGCGGCGGAAGCGGCAACGGGGGCAAUCCCAGAGACCUCAGGGAGGAGCUGGAAUCACUGCUCGGAGCAAACAAGGCGAUGAACGAAAGCCUGGAACGCAUCGAUUCCGUUUGGAUUCCGAGGGCCUCUCGCCUCGGGGCGGCCACCGGAGAAACCACGAACAACGACAAGAACGACGACGACGACGACGAUCGCUGGUGUUGGCUCGGGAGCCCCGACGAUCCUCCCGAACCAGGGGCGUCCGAGCCUCCGCAGCGGCCGUCCCUAACGGUCCUGGUCCUCCCGGAGCUUUUGGCCAGGGCCGGGAAGGAGGCCGCGGGCCCCGAGGCGGUCUUCCACUCGACCCGGACCCUCGCAAGAGAGACGGAUCUGUGGGAGGCGGCCCGCCCUUGCCCGGCCGGGCACCCAGGGAAACACCUUGGCCGCCGCGGUGGCCACGGCUAGCCCCCGACCAAAGUGUGUGUGUGUGCGUGCGUGCGUGCGGCGAUGGAAUUCGCGGCACGGAGGCACCAG